AUGGAAGGUAUCCACAUGUUAAGGGAUCUAUUAAAGAAUGGAGAUUUUCUCGUGAAAAUCGACCUCAAGGAAGCUUACCUGACAGUGCCAAUUUGGAAGAACCACCAAAAAUAUCUGCGGUUUCUUUGGAAGGACACCAUGCUGGAGUUUGCAUGCCUUCCUUUCGGUUUGGCGACAGCGCCAAAGGUUUUUACCAAGCUUUUGAAGCCAGUAGUAGGGGCAUUUAGGCAAAGAGGUAUUCGCCUAAUUAUAUAUUUAGACGAUACCCUUAUUAUGGCCGAAUCUCACGAAUAUAGCAUUACAUCAUGCAGCCUCAACCCUGAAUCUCCUAGAGGGGCUAGGCUUCAUAGUAAAUUACCAGACAUCAUAACUCUUACCUUGCCAAGAGAUGGGAUUUCUGGGGGUUUUGAUAGAUUCAAACGCAAUGACACUCCAACUUCCAGCAGAAAAGUUGCGAAAAAUCUGCAGAAAGUGUCAGAAAUUUUUAGAUCAAACGACAAUUUCUGUACGAGAAUUGUCGAAAUUCCUGGGUCUCCUAACCUCCUCCGUUCAGGCAAUAUUCCCUGCUCCUAUUCAUUACAGGCAUCUUCAAAGGCUAAAAAAUACAACUUUAGCCUACCUUCAAACCUACGAAGCCCAGGUCUUUAG